CAUCAUCAUCACAUCCAUGUUGUCUGACCGGAGGAUGAGUCGGUAGGAGGCUAACAGCUAACGGAGUGGCAACACCGGGCGGGUUUCUCAUGUCCGUUCAUGUUUUGACGUUUUCCAGCGGAGCCGUUACCGUCUCGAACCGGUCCGGACGUCCCAUGGCUGCGGGUCGGAGCUCCGUGGGGCUGCCCGGGGAGUAGCUCUGCUCUGCGGCGGGGAGAUGCAGCAGCUCGCCGCUGUUUAUUUAUGUGGCUGUUAUGUAAGAGCGGAGCUGUAGCCGAGCUGCUAACGUUAGCCCGCCGCCAUGAACGACGCGCAGCAAGAAAUGUCCCCGGACUUCGUCCUGAUGCGGCUCGUGUCCGCGGCAGAAUACGACCGGCUGGAUGAGCCCGAAGACCUGAUGUCCGGAGGCGGUGGGUUCGGGCCCGUCAAAGCCGUGCUGGGACACCGAGGCGGCGGGUUUGAUCUGGACUCCAGCGGCCCCUCGGCAGGCCUCGGCUCAGCAUCCCCGCACUACAGCUCGCCGCUCCCCGGAAAAGGUGAGCUGGAGAGCGGGCUGGUGUUGACGCAGGCCUCGCCGGGCUCCGAGGCGCCGCUUUCACCUCCGCCGUCCGAGGACUUCGCCGUUGCUGCCCAGCGGUUCGUGGACUUCCCGGUGCAGCACGGACACGGCUCGGGCGGGCACGGGUCGAGGGCGCAGCUGAUGGUGUUUCAGAACCUGCUGCGGUCCGGAGACCGGAUCCUGGAGUGCGGGCUGGAGCAGCCACCCCGGGGCUUCAUCCAGGAGGAGGCAGAGAGACAGCGACAGCAGCAGCAGCAGGACCCAGGAUCAGGGACCGGUCCUGGUAGCACAACAGCCGGCCCCGGGCCUGGAGGCGGGAAGGACCAGAACUCGCACUGCAUCCCCUCUGCAGAGGAAAACCAACCCCUGCAGCUCCUGCAGUGGCACCCAGUCCUCAGACUGUCCAAGGGCUCCGACGGCUCUCAGACUCCUCAGCAGGGCGUCCCGGCUCUAGAGUCUGAGUCGGGGUCCGUCCUGUGCCACAGACACCGACUACUGACAGACCGGCUGGCUAAGUGGCCCCCAGGCCUGCUGGACCAAGCCUUGCGCCUGGGCCUGCUGGAGCCCAGGAAGAACUGCUCCUCCGGGGGUGAGGACUCCGUCCUGGCUCUCGCCCAGAGACUGGGUCAGCUGGGUGAGGGGAGAGAGGGAGGCGGAGGGGAGGACAUGGUGCUCCCGCUCCCUCGCUGCUCCUGCCACAGCGUCCUGGCUUCAGGGACGGGGGGCAUGGGGCCAGGUGAGGACCCCAGCGAGACUAGUGACGCCCUACUGGUACUGGAAGGUCUGGGGUCUGAGGAGGUAGGGGGCCUGGGGCAAGGAGGGGGACGAGAUGGACAAGACGGGGGCGACAUUGAGAAAGGAGAUCGGGAGGGGGAAGCUGGGACACCCGGGGGUGCAGGGCCCGUGUUCUCCAGUGGGACUCUGAGCGGUCUGAUGCGCCAGGUCCACAGACUGGCAGAGGAGGCGGGGGUCUGCACCGACCAGAGCUGCCGGUCCUCGCUGGCCGUCCUGGGUGCCGCGGUGUCCCUCCCGCCCUGUGUAGACCCCCGAGCCCCCAUCAGCGCCUCCACCGCCUGUCCGUACCCUCCCGGCCAUCCGCAGGCCCACCACGCUGCAGCGGCACUCAGCGGACUCCAAGUCUCCCCCGACCCCCUCACUUCCUCCAGCCCCGACCCCAGUACCCGGCCGCAGCAUCAGCACCAGUCCCGCUCCCAGCCCCAGAGCCGGGCCACCACCCCGAAGCUCGGCACGGCCUCGGGGGGAGUCGGGCGGUCCGCCUCCCCGCUCGUAGUCUUGGAGGGGGUGCUGGGAGGAGCGAGGGAGGGCGAGAAGACGCCGCGGGGGAAGUCCAGGAAAGGGGGCUCCCUGAAGGUCCGGCUCAGCAAGCUGUUUAGAACCAAGAGCUCCAGCGGGGGCUCGGGGGGCCUGCUGGACAAGAGGCCGUCCCUGGCGUCGUCCACCUCUUCCGGGGGGAGCCUGCUCGACGUGUGGGGGUCCAACUGCAGCAACACGGACCAGGACGGCAGCAGGCUGCAGGUUUCCAGACCUCACAGUGCCUUCUCUCCGGUGCCCUUCACUCCAGCUUUCACCGGUGAGACGGUCUCUCUGGUCGACGUGGACAUUUCUCGCAGGGGGGGGAACUCUCUCCACCCCCCCACCCCCCCUCCCCCACCCAGACGGAGCCUCAGUCUUCUCGACGAUUUCGGCGGCCCGCUGCAGCAGCAGGGUCCCUUCAUGGAGCGCGGCGUGGGGGCCUCCAUGCAGUCUCUGCCUCCCCGGCCGCUGGCCCUGCCGCCUUCGCUCAGCACCAUCCAGCACAGCCUGAGCCUCAACGACACGUUCCUGCGAGGUCUACCCCGGCCCGUCCCCCUGCGCCCAGACGGGCAGCACCCCCCGCCGCGGCUCGCCCCCCGCUGCCCCCUCAGCCGACCCGACGCCGGCAGCUUCGCCACCAGCCUCCGAGAGCUGGAGAAGUGCGGCUGGUACUGGGGCCCGAUGAACUGGGAGGACGCGGAGAUGAAGCUGAAGGGGAAGCCGGACGGGUCGUUCCUGGUGCGGGACAGUUCGGACCCUCGAUACAUCCUGAGUCUGAGCUUCAGGUCGCAGGGAGUCACACACCACACGCGCAUGGAGCACUACAGAGGCACGUUCAGUCUGUGGUGUCACCCGAAGUUCGAGGACCGCUGUCACUCUGUGGUGGAGUUUAUAGAAAGAGCCAUCAUGCACUCCAAGAACGGAAAGUUCCUCUACUUCCUGCGCUCCCGAGUCCCAGGUCUGCCCCCGACCCCCGUCCAGCUCCUGUACCCGGUCUCCAGGUUCAGCAGCGUGAAGUCCCUGCAGCACCUCUGUCGCUUCUGCAUCCGGCAGCUGGUCCGAAUCGACCACAUCCAGGAGCUGCCGCUGCCCACGCCGCUGAUCGCCUACCUGAGGAAGUUUUAUUACUACGACCCCGAGGAGGAGAUCAGCCCGACGCUGAAGGAGCUGCAGGAGGUGAAGGAGGUGAAGGAGCGAGGCUCGGGGCGGAGCGGCCAGCCUGGGGUCGAGUCUCAAACGUAGCACUGGAGCCGAGAGGCAGCUUCUUUUCUUUUCUUUCUUUCCUGGACUGAAGGACGUUCAAUCAUUCACACUGGACUCUCAGACUGCAGCCAAUCGGCUCCCUCCGCUCAGUCGCGUACCCGGCGGGGUUUCAGAUGAUCCGCCCUCCUCCGGGCUCUCUGAUUGGCUCACGGGGAGCCGAAGGGGAGGGGCAGGGGAUGUGGAGACUCCGCCUCUCUGUUGAUGUCAUCGCUGAGCAGGUUGACUGAGGGAAGAAAGGUGACGGGCGCUCGGAUGUGUAAAAGAAGAAUGGUCGCCUCCGGGUUCUUGAAGAGAAGCACUUUUGUUUGUUUGUUUUUUUUUUAUUAAACCUUCAGACGGCGGGACAGAGUCAGAAGAAACCUGAAAGCUGUUUUCGCGAUCGGUUACGAAAGAAAAGCUCAAAUACGGCCAACAAUUACAAAACAAAUCGGUGAUGGAAAUGAUCAGUUGCUGCUUUAAUUUAAACGGCACAAAACACACAGAGAAUCCACCUGCUGCUUUAAUAAUCAGAUCAACUCUUAAAUCUCAUGUUGUGAUUUUAUUCCUUUUUUUUUUCUUCCUGUUUUAUGAGAUAAACGAAUCAUUGAUUAUCUGAUUACUUGACGGUAAAAAUGUUCUUUCUCUGCAGCCUGAACUGAACUCUCAUAUCGACCGUCCACAGUAGAUUUGCUCUCGGUGCGAAGCCGUUUCCGUGUCCUCAUGGAGCAGAAUUGAGAAUCGGGUCGUCUCUGCUCCAUGAAGACACUGAAAGAUUUUCAGCGUAAAAGACUAAACAGUAUGGACUGGAGGUCUGUUGAGUUUCUCUUGCGGAGCUUUCUUGUUUUUCCUGUCGGCCAUCACCUCAGAUGCGUUGGUUUAAACGUUCGUCCUUCACUUUGGAAACAGAAGCCGACCGGCGAAUCUGAACAUGAGGUUGAUUUAGUGCAGCUUUCAGCAGGAGGUCCUCAAAUCAGCACCUGAGAUGUGUGCUCCGAGUUAAAGCUACAGGCGUUGUUAAGUCGUUCAGGUUGAUCGGAGCUGAACACGUUCGUCUGAUUGGUUAAUGAGCCUCUGGGUUCAGCUUCUUUGCUGCUUGUUGAGCUUUGACCUGCUGGUUUUCAUGUUAGCGCUGAGGGUCUUAUCAGAUCAGGCUAAACUCAAAGGCAGAGCGCGAUAUUCUGUCACUUCGGUACGAUUUCCUACUGCAGGUCUGAAUGUCUCUGAUGAGAUGGUCAGUUUGUUGUUGCUAGUUAGCAUUAGCAUCGGCCGCCUUUGUUCAAAAAAUGGAGACACUUUCGUUUCCUCUCGCUGACGAUCUUAAGCCCUGAACACAAACCGUCCCGCCGACGUGUCAGAAAGUGACGGCUGGUUUACGACACUUUUUUCGGAACAGACCUUCUGAUUGUAGAUGUGUGUUCUCGGUGUUGCUCCAUGUCGAGACGUCGGAGGAAUCUGAGCCGACGUUUGUAUCUGUUUGUAUUUUAUGCGGAAGCUUUUACUUAUCGUUUGUUUACAACCCUCAGAAUAAUUUAUCCCACUUUGUCCAAACACGUUUACAGUCGAGGUGUUAGCUGCUGUUACGAACGGUUACACGUUUCAGUGUUGCGGGCGGGGUGACGCCUGAGCCGAGGGACAGGCUCCGCCCGCUUUCACACCUUUGCACAGCUGACCAAUCACAGCACAGGGUGGGCGUGGCUGCUUCAGAUUCUGGUGUAGAAAUGUAGGUUUCACAUGUUUGAAGCACAGGGAGGCUUUUAAUUUGGAAAGCUGACAGUUAAGGAUGAAUGAAUGAAUCGGCUGAUUGACGUCGAGUUCACGGGAAUGAAUCAAACAAAUGAGAAUUGUUGUUUAUGUUGUUUGUUCCUCUGUUUGAUGUGGUUUUUCUUUUUUGCACUGCGUGAGCGAGACUAAGUUCAGGAUCCUGGAGGCGACCGACGCUCUGACUGUCAGAAACAUUACCAAAAAAAUAAGAGCAGAAGGAGGAGGAGGAGGUUUACUGUGACGACUGCUGAACUGAAACCUGACGUCACAACUAGCAGACACUGGAAAAACUGGACCUGAUCCAGACGCUGUCCCAGCCGACACUGGGUACACUGGGAACACUGGAGCUGGGAGCGGAGCGCCCUGCGGGGACUCUUCCAUGAUGUCAAACAGUGAACGUGGGACUUUAAAUCUGCACACAUUGUUGUGGAGGAAUCUGUGGUGUGUGUGCAGUCACCUGUUAAUAAAACAGAGUGUUGGACCGAU